GCGAGGAGGUAGUGGAGGAGGAGGAGGAGGAGGAGGAGGAGGCGGCGGCGGCGGCGGCGGCGGCGGCAAGAAGAUGGCGACUUCGAACAAUCCGCGGAAAUUCAGCGAGAAGAUCGCGCUGCACAAUCAGAAGCAGGCGGAGGAGACGGCGGCCUUCGAGGAGGUCAUGAAGGACCUGAGCCUGACGCGGGCCGCGCGGCUGCAGCUUCAGAAGUCCCAGUACCUGCAGCUGGGCCCGAGCCGUGGCCAGUACUAUGGUGGGUCCCUGCCCAACGUGAACCAGAUCGGAAGUGGCACUGCAGACCUGUCCUUCCAGCCCAGCGGAUUUCUGGGGGAGGCCCUGGCAGCGGCUCCUGUCUCUCUGACACCCUUCCAGUCCUCAGGCCUGGACACCAGCCGGACCACCCGCCACCAUGGGCUAGUGGACAGAGUAUACCGUGAACGUGGCCGCCUCGGGUCCCCACACCGCCGGCCCCUGUCAGUGGAUAAGCAUGGACGGCAGGCUGACAGUUGUCCCUACGGCACCGUGUACCUCUCGCCACCUGCGGACAGCAGCUGGAGGAGGACCAACUCCGACUCCGCGCUGCACCAGAGCACAAUGGCUCCGGCCCAGCCGGAGCCCUUUGCAGGCGGCUCUCAGGACACACAUCAGAAGGGAGUCUUACUGUUGACAGUUCCUGGGAUGGAUGAGGCCACGUCGGAGGUAGACAAGACCCUGUCCAAGCCGGCCUGGGACGCCAAGAAGACCGGGUCCAGGCCCAAGUCCUGCGAGGUCCCUGGCAUCAACAUCUUCCCGUCCACCGACCAGGAGAGCACGACGGCCCUGAUCCCCGCCACCCACAACACGGGGGGCUCCCUGCCCGACCUGACCAACAUUCACUUCCCGUCCCCGCUGCCGACCCCGUUGGAUCCCGAGGAGCCCCCGUUCCCCGCGCUCAGCGGCUCCAGCAGCACCGGCAACCUGGCAGGCAACCUGACCCACCUUGGCCUCGGCGGUGCCAGCCAGGGCAUGAGCACACCGGGCUCUUCGCCACAGCACCAGCCAGCGGGCAUCAGCCCCCUGGCCCUGGGCACAGAGGCGAGGCGGCAGCAGUCCCAGCAGGUGUCUCCCACCUUGUCGCCACUGUCACCCAUCACACAGGCGGUGGCCAUGGACGCCCUGUCCCUGGAGCAGCAGCUGCCCUACGCCUUCUUCACACAGGCCGGCUCUCAGCAGCCACCACCAGCACAGCCCCAGCCCCCACCGCCGCCGCCGCCCGCCUCUCAACAGCAGCCACCCCCGCAGGUGCCCAUCAACCUCCCCACUGGUGGCCCUCUGAUGCCCAGUGCCAGCCUGACUCGGGGGCCGCAGCUGCCCCCACUUGCGGUCACAGUACCGUCCUCUCUCCCCCAGUCCCCCUCAGACAGCACAGGCCCGCCAGCGAUGGGGAUCGACAUCUCUUCGAUAGGGAUGCCUGCUGGGCCCAUUGGAUUACAGGCCACCCCAAGAUGCCAGUGUGGAGGGAGCAGCAGCGGGAGAUGCAGGGGGCCACCCUGCCUGACCUGCCUGUCCUCACAGGCCCCAGCUCUGCAGCAGUACCGCACUAGUGCUGGCUCCCCAGCCAACCAGUCUCCCACCUCACCAGUCUCCAAUCAAGGCUUCUCACCUGGGAGCUCCCCACAACACUCCUCCACGCUGGGCAGUGUGUUUGGGGACGCAUACUGUGAGCAGCAGAUGUCGGCCAGGCAGGCUAAUGCUUUGUCCCACCAGCUGGAGCAGUUCAACAUGGUGGAGGGUGCCAUCAGCCCCGGUGGCCUGUACAGCCCGGGCACCACGCUCAGCUACUCGCAGGUGGCCAUGAUGGGGUUGGCAGGCAGCCCUGGGAGCCUGCAGGAUGCGCAGCAGCUGGGCUACACCAGCCACAGUGCCAUCCCCAACAUCAUCCUCACAGUGACAGGAGAGUCACCCCCAAGUCUCUCCAAAGAACUGACCAGCACUCUGGCUGGGGUCAGUGACGUCGGCUUUGACCCAGACAGCCAGUUCCCACUGGAUGAACUCAAGAUCGACCCCCUGACCCUGGACGGACUACACAUGCUCAAUGACCCUGACAUGGUCCUGGCUGACCCGGCCACUGAGGACACCUUCCGGAUGGAUCGGCUGUGAGCACCCAUCACGGCAGCCUACCACCACCUCUGCCACUACUGGCACCUCUGGAGCCGGGGACGGCCGCCUCUGCCCCUCGUCCAUGGCCAAGCUUGUCAUUCUGAGCUUGUGAUGCCGCCACUGAGCGCCCCCGCCAGCCCACCUCCUGUCAGUCACCCACCUCCUGCUGCUGCCCAGUGCCCGUGCCAGGCUGGGACAGUCCCCUUACUCAAACGCCAGGUGUCCCUUCUGAGAUGCCUACCAACCACAUCGCUCCAGCGUGGGGGCCAGGCGGGCUGGGCUGGAGUGUCCGCGGGGGUGGGGGGUGUGCGCUUUCCGACUGUUGUUCAGCUCUCACUGCCUUUCUUGGUCCCCGGACCCCAAGCCCGCAGUGUCUCCCCCAGCCCUGGCUGGGCGUGGAGCGUGGGUGAAAUAAACACUAUCUUGAUGGCCGAGUCCUGUGGCAGAGCGUGCAGUGUAGAUGGGUCAUGCUCAGCAGCGAUGUCCCCACCCCGACACCACCCCGUCCUCCAGCCGGAUGCCAGCCAGGCCUGCAAGGCAAGGCUCGUCUUCAGGCCCUGAUGCUGUGCCAGUCCCGUCCCCUCCCAAGCACAGUUUAUUUAUGGGGUGAGGGCGGGCAACCUGCAUCCUGGGCUUUUCUCCUUUUUCUUCCUCUUUGGUUUGUAUUUACCUUUUGGUUGUAGAUGUCGCUGAGCCCUUGUGCCCGCCUGCCUGUGCGCAUGUGUUGUGCUCCUGAGGUCUGCGCUGCCUAUCUCUGAUGCUAACUGGAAAUUUGGAUGCAGCCACCCCAUCACCCAGCCCCAGCCUCAUCCCUGGCCUCUUUUAGUUUUUGCUCCCAAGUUCCUUAAACAUGAAUGAGCCACUUUCUUCUGGGACAGGUGGGGACUUUGUAGAAACUUGGUGACCCAAGUCCAGGGCCACAUGGCAAACUGGGGGACAGCCUCGGCUUUAUUGAGUGCCCUGCCCCACCACCAUCCCCUGGUGCCUGCCAGACCCCGGAUCGGGCAGCUCGAAGCCCCUGACCACCAGCAGCACCCAGGGCCUCUGCACCGGGUGUCGGGGCUGGCAGGUAGCAUGAACCCCCAAGCCGGGCAGGCUGACACUUCCUGGCACCUAGCCCUGCCCCUCCCAUCAGGCAGCUGUCCCCUGGUCACCCACUUUGGCCUCUGCACCAGAAAGGGGUAGAGGUAGAUGUUGAAAGUGGCCUGUGUUUUAGGGACAGGUCUUGCAGCGGACCGUCUCCGUGGAGGCGAGAGUGGUAACAGGGUGGCGGGGCUGCCACGAUUUCCGUUGCCCACGGCCACAGAAUGUGGAGCUCUGGUUUCCACCUGGUGCCUGCCGGGUGGCCCUGCUUGGUGUGUUUCCCUCUGGUGGCAACGCUGCACUUCCGCAGGCCUAUGAGGACCCCCACGCUGGUCCCAGCCGCCAUGAGCUCUGUCUGGGGCCCCUGGCAGGAGAAGGCCACUCUGCCUCAGCCCCCACCGUCGCGUUGAGCCUUGCCAACGUCUCUGACUGCAGGGUAAGCUGGGAGCAGAGUGGGGACUAUGUUUUUUUCUUUUUUAAGAAAAACUACCUGUACAUAGUGUUUGCUCAGCAUUAGACCUGUAGAACUCUUAAAAAUGGCCUUAAUGAAAUCACGCGCAACCCGUCUGUAUGCAGUCUUCAGACAAAGCAUGGGUGGGGGUCCCCUGGGGAACAGCCCCCAGCCUCUGUUUGUCCGGGAUCUUGGUGCGGAUAGGUUGGCCAGAGGGGAUGUCACCCCCGAAGCAUCCCCACUCUGGAGGGGCUCCCAGCCUCCUGGCCUGCAAUAUUUUCUUUCUUUUCUGAGUUCUCAGUGUCAUUUCUCUAUGCUUAUUUACUCCUGAAUUGUCAAGACUUUGGGAAAUGAGGCAGCCUAAGGCAAGGGGCCCUUUGUGACAUAAACAGAUUGUGAUGUCCCCGGGUUCCAGCUGGGAGUGUGGGCCUCUCGAUGCCAUGUCGUCCUGUACAUAGACCUGGCCUCGAGUACUCAGAACAGGUCGGCCCCACCCCUCCGCGUGCCCUGGCUACCACCCCGGGACAGAAGCAAAGGGGCUCCUCCCCAGAAUGCUGGGCCCCUGCCUGCCUCAGUUUACCUUCUGUCCUUGACUUUCCAAGGGUGGGAAUUCCAAGGCUGGAAGUGGGGAGCCCCCUCUACAUGCUCCCACAAGCACCGCUUCAAAGGUUGCUUACUCUGGUGCCGUCUCCGGGUUCGGGGUGAUGUGGGAGCAGGGUCUGACUGAGAUAUGUGGCCCUCGAGGGCCUUGGCCAGGAGGAUCUCCUUGUGUCACCAGGAGAGGCAGCUCACUGGUUCCUACUGGGGCCAGGGUAUGAGGGUGCAGGGUCAGAAGUCCUCAGGGGCAGCCCCUGUGUCACUGUCUGUCUUUAGGGGGGACCUGGGGCCCUUCAGUCCCCCUGACCUCUGGCUUCUUCUACACCAAGCACCCUUGAAGUUGCGCCCUGGAUGCAGGUUGGGUGUGGGAGGCCCUGGGCUCUCCCUAGUCCCUCGAAGCUGCCAGCCAGGGGUUGCAGGGCCCCGACACUCCGUGGCACCCAGGUCCCCAUUGAGUAUGGGGACUUCAGGUGUGGGAACUGUGGAAGGACAUCUGGGUCCUUCAGCCCUGGCCCUCUGCUGUCUGCAGGGGUCACCUGGAGUGUGACUCGGCCCUGCCCAUCUUCAAAGCCUGAGCCAGCCACGUCCUCAGCCUCCCUGCGGCCUGCGGGGUUCCCUCUGAGACUGUAGUGUCACACUGUCACAGACACCAUCCUCCCUGGAGGGCUAAGAAAUGGUGACCAGUACCUCAUGCCUGAGUGCUGGGGUACUCCCAAGGGCAGUGGGGCCAGGAGUGAGCCCCCAGGACCUGAGUCUCGGUUUCCCUUAUCUUUGUCAUAGGCCUGAGGGUCUCAGGGCCCUGGGUACCUCCUGGGCAGAGUGGGGGCAGGGCAAGCCUUGGGGUGCUGGCUCCGGAAUGCGUCUCCCUCCCCCACCUUACUUCCAGCCUCUGUCCCCUUCCCGGGCCUGGGAUGCGUGGCACAGGCGAGGGUCAGGUCGUCCCUGCCUAGUGGGGCUCAAGGCUGAGGGGCUAUCAGCAGGGGCACAGGAGGAAGCUGCCAACGGCUGCUGCCACUGAUAUAUGCAAACUGCCCAUUGCCGGGCACUGCCCUACGCAGCUGGCUGUGCCGUCAGCAUGCAUGUACCACCGCGGUGUCGCGGGCUCAGGCGGGCGGGGCGGGCGGCUCAGGGCACACUCAGCCGCCCCUGCCGGCCUCUGGCGUGGACGCUUUUGUCUUUGUACCUUUGCAUCCUUUGUAAUGAAAUGUAAUAAAAAUCCAAUGUUUUCGUC